GCAGACUCAUGUGAUUGAGCAACAUGAUAUGUCCAUUGAUGAAUAUUAUUCUGCCUUUGAUCGACUUAUGAGUGCAUUGACCUCCAUGGUCCCCGCUUGUACUGCUGUGCCUUGUCCAGCCCACAAGUUCAUUGAGAAGUUCUUUACCUACAGAUUUGUUAUGGGAGUUCGACCUGAAUUUGAUUCCCUUCGUGCAAGGCUGCUUCACAGUUCGGAUACUCUCACCAUGGCUCAUGCAUUGUCUGAAUUGCUUGCUGAAGAGACUCGUCUGAAGUCUAUGUCCUCUAUUACUGGUGUGAGUUCUCAUAGUGUGUUGGCUGCUGCUCAGAGGUCUAGGAACACCUCCUUUCAGCCUUGUGAACACUGCAAAAAGACCACUCAUCGGUCUGAGAACUGCUUUGCUAAGUUGCCAGAGAAGUUGGCUGAUUUUCGUGUCCGUCGUGCUACUCGUGGUCGUGGUACAGGACCAUCUCCUAGAGGCUCAGUUGCGGUUGCUGCUACUUCAUCUGCUGGUGCUUUGUCAUCAUUUUGGGUUCUUGAUUCUGGAGCUUCCUUUCAUGAUCAGUCACGGCUGGCGUCUACUACACCUGUCACCGAGGGUACUUCUGUUCAGACUGCUGAUGGUACAUUAUGUCAUGUCACCCACAAGGGUUCUCUUUCUGAUUCAACUUUUACUGUCCCAAUUAUAUUUUGUACCUCAGUUAUCCAUGGAUCUACUAUCAGUUGGUCAAAUUACCGAUCACAAUUGUUUUGUUGGAUUUGAUGACUCAUCUUGUUUUGUACAGGAUCGCAAAACAAGGGAUGUGAUUGGGACUGGCCGUCGCCGUAAAUCUUCGCCUCGCCUCUACAUCUUGGACACUUUGCGUCUUCCUUCAUCCCUUACCACUACACCUCAUGUACUCGCUGCUUCGGGCCCCAAGACGUCAUUCGCCCAGUGGCAUCAUCGUCUAGGCCACUUAUGUGGAUCCCGUCUGUCUACUCUAAUAAAGUCAGGAUGUUUAGGCUCUACUCAUGUUGAGUCUAGUUUUCAUUGUAAAGGUUGUCAUCUUGGAAAACAAAUACAACUUCCAUAUUUUACUAGUAAUUCCCAUUAUGCUAAACUUUUUGAUCUAAUUCACUCAGAUGUUUGGGGUC